AUGGAUGCUGAAGAUUCAAUUUCAAGGUACGUAAUUAUAGGUUACAGACUAACUUUCCUUGUUGGUUUAAGCUCAGUGGCAGUGGCCAAUUAUCUUUUACCGGAGCUCUUGCAAUAUGGAAAGACUUUUGUACCAGACAACCCACACAGAAAAGAUGCACCAUUGUGGCAAAGGCUGUUCUACGCAACGGUUCCAAAAGGUCGUUUUGCCCAUUUUUACUACUUAUCAACAUUUUUGUCCAUGAUAAAUUUAUACAGUUAUCAUGGCUCUCCAAUUGCUUGGCUAAUACUAUUCCAUUCAGUUCGUCGGGCAUACGAAACUACUUACGUUUCCAAAUAUACUCCAACUUCCAGAAUGCAUUGGUCACAUUAUGUCGUUGGUAUAUGGUUCUACUCAGUGCUCAACCUAAUGAUCAAUAUAAAGCUGCACCAAGGUGCUGUAUCUUCAGCACUAAAACCAGUGCCAUUUCUUAUAUUUUGUUUUGCCUCCUGGGAUCAAUACAAGAACCACCGAAUUUUAUCAAGAUUGGUGAAAUAUUCCUUGCCAACAGAGGGACUCUUCCAAAUAGUAUGCUGUCCUCAUUACCUCGAUGAGGUAUUGAUUUACGCCUCGUUAAUCCCAUAUAAUUGGGAAUUCAGCUGGCUACUGAUCUGGGUAUUUACAAAUUUGAGCGUUUCAGCCCGGGAGAACAAAAAUUAUUACGACCACAGGUUCCCAAAGGCCAGAGUGCCCCAGUACGCCAUUAUACCUCUUGUAUUGUAA